AUUCAUUUGUAAACCGUAAGGUUAAAACUAUCGUCAACGACUCCACGAAGACGUUUCAAGAAUCCCCCUUUUUUUUUUCUCUCUCCUCGGAGAGAGAAACCCGCCGGCGACCGCCAUUUCCGACCAACCAUGCUCUUGAAGCCCCUCAACACCGUCGCCGUCGUCUUCAUGCUCGCUUUCGCAUUCUUCAUCCUCUUCUUCGCCGGCUUCCUCGAAUUCCCGCCGGCAUCCACUUCUAUCGUACCGGCCGCCGACGAUCUGAAUCUUUCAGCAACCGAGUUUACUUCCGAACCUUUCUCUGACUUGAUCACCGCCUUCAAGAAAUGGGACUCUCAGGUCGGUUGUGAUCGAUUCCGGGAUAAAAUUUCCGGCGGUUUGGUCAAUAGGUCUUCAUCUUCUUCGCUGCAACAGGUCAGCGGCGACUCUGGUUCAGAAUGCGGGGGGCUGAAACUGAAUCACGUUGCGGUUUUGGUGAAAGGAUGGACUUGGAUUCCCGAUAAUUUAGACAAUUUGUAUUCGUGUUCCUGCGGAUUGAGCUGCCUCUGGACUAAGUCUUCUGUUCUUGCCGAUAAACCUGACGCCUUGUUCUUCGAGACCAGUACGCCUCCACGGCAGAGGCGCAAGGGAGAUCCUCUUCGCAUAUAUAUGGAUCUUGAGUCUGGUCGGAAGCGCUCGGGUUUUGAGGAUCUAUUUGUUAGUUAUCAUGCAGAAGAUGAUGUUCAGUCAACUUAUGCAGGAGCACUCUUCCAUAACGGUCGAAACUAUCAUGUAUCUUCUUCUAAAAACAAUGAUACACUUGUUUAUUGGUCGUCGUCCCGUUGUCUUCCCCAACGAAAUCAGCUCGCAAGGAAGCUUCUAAGCUUGCUCCCACACCAUUCAUUUGGCAAGUGCUUGAACAAUGUAGGCGGGCUCGAUAUGGCCCUUUCUAUGUACCCUGAAUGUGCAAAUGAUGCCAAUGUCACCCCAAAAUGGUGGGAUCACUUGCAUUGUGCAAUGUCUCAUUACAAAUUCGUUCUCGCAAUUGAAAACACGAUGACCGAGAGUUACGUGACGGAGAAGCUAUUUUACGCGCUUGACUCUGGCUCGGUUCCGAUCUAUUUCGGUGCCCCUAAUGUGUGGGACUUUGUCCCUCCACAUUCUAUAAUUGAUGGAUCUAAAUUCAGCUCUUUGGAAGAGUUGGCUUCUUAUGUGAAACGACUCGCAGAUGACCCGGUAGCUUAUGCCGAGUACCAUGCUUGGAGACGAUGUGGCACGUUGGGCAACUAUGGAAGGACACGGGCUGCAAGUCUCGACACGCUGCCGUGCCGGGUUUGCAACGCAGUGAGCAGAAAGGGUGGUAGAAAUGCUUGAAGGUCAUCCAGUUUUCUUGUUUGCUAUUUUCCCACUCUCGCUGUUUAUUUGCUGUGAGUUGCUGUAUAAGAAAAUGGAUGUAGGUAGUAAGAUCAUACAGUAAUGAGAGUAAAAUCUAUUUGUUUAAUUACAAUUAGUUGGGGGUAUAAGUUAUAUUACCUUCUAGAGAUUUUUUUAAUUAAUUAAUUAAUUAUAUAUUUUUUGCCAA